AUGUCCGAUAUCACUGAGGGAAUCCGCACUCGCCGAGACAAUAAGUUCAAACACCCGGGCUUGCCAGACCUGCCAGUGCAAGGACGGGUUCCGCGACAUAGCAAGGCCCAGAAAGCAGAGGACGACAAAAUCCUUGAGGAAGCCCGCCAAGCUCAAGAGCGGGCUGCAGUCGAGGGGCUGCAGUGGCUUGCUGCAAUGCAGAUGGAGAUGGAGGAGGCAGAGGAACAAGGUGUGGCGACUAAACCAAAGCCAGUCAAACCCCGUGCUCGCCCUGUCAAGAAAAAAGUAGUGCCUGCCAAACCAGCUGGUACCGGCGUUGAGGACCAAGAAGAAAGCAGCCAGGACACCAACAUUGAGGACGGAACAAAGAAGAAGAACCAGAGGGCUGUCAAAACGUCUCUGAAGGAUGCAAUCAACAAUGCACGAGGCUCACUCACAGGAAAGGUUGAGUUAAUUCAGGGGCCACGUGUUGGCGACAAGAAAGGAAAGUCUUCUACCGCGACGCCCCCCCCUGCUCUAGCUAAUGCAUCUGAUGCUCCCAAGGCUCUUGUUGGCGGCUUUGAUGACGAGUCGGAUGAUUCUCAGGAACGUUUGGAUGCCUUCAUUCAAAAGACGAAGGGGAAGCAGUCUUCACUUAGGAAUACCUCAGAUGCAAUGCCUGAGGAUGCGCUGUCUUCAACAGAGGACUUACAGGAUAUUGAUAUCGACGCACCGAUGGACCUGGACAAUGCAUUGGUGGACCUGGAGGACAAUUUGUUUGAGGGCAAAGAUGCCAGGAUGUCCAAGGCGGUGGACAGUGACAGCAGCCUAAGCGAUGGAAUCUUGUUCCGUCGGAGUAAGAAGCGCAAGCUUGCAGACACCAAAUCCUCCACCCUCAUCUUGGAGAGUACCCCCUACGAGGAUACAUCAGAUGUUGAGGUUAUUGAUGUCCCUUCAGGCCCUGUCGCAAUGGCCAAUACAAUGAAGACGGCUGUGCGUUUGACCUCUUCGACUGCCAUCGCCAUCUCCCAGUCGGCCACCACAAAGAUGCAACCACCUGCAAAGAAGGUGAAAAUUGAAGAGGACGUUGAUGCCAGCACCGCGCAACUAACACUCACAGCCCCACCUGGCUAUUGGAUCGAGAAGCAAUACAAGACGCGCUCGAGCUACCGAAACUAUCAUCUCCCUCCUCAUUGCCAAGAUCAACGGUGGCCGAAGCAGUUCCUCCCAACACUUUACCUGACACUCCAAUCCAUUUAUGAUGUCGUGUAUUCAGAAGAAUCAGAUCUUGAUUACAAGGUGACCGCUCAAGGGUCUGUCUUUGGCGUUGCCACCCAACGUCUCGCAGAGUGGCGCAGCAAUUUUGGAUCAACGGGACUGGCUAUUAUGAUGGAUUUUUUCACUAGGAAUGCUGACACUGAUCCAGAAACACUUGCUGACGCGCUUCUGGAGGACUUCGUUUUCAUUUAUGAGGACAUGGAAAACCUAGACCCAAUGCAAGCCUUCCGGUCUCCAUUCAUGUUGCAGCUCUUCACAACCGCUCAUCUUCACGCCAUUCUUGGGCAUGUUGAAGUCCCCGCACUUAAAACAUAUGUGCUGUCCGUCGUCGGGAUGACUGGUGUUAUUGGCAUUUGUGCAGCUUCACUCGAGCGCGCCAUCAAACGUCUCUGUGUCAAUGCCAUUGACAUUGAUGUGGACACCCUAGAUCUGGGUCCCGCACAAAUGAAGCGCAAGCUGCGGACACUGAAGACCUUCAACAAGGCCACCGGCAAGGAUAGCACUACCGAGAAUGCCUUCUCCAUCAACAACUGGGGAUCAGUAACUGCGUCAUACGUGGUUGCUAUCAAGGCGAAAGGAGACGACUACAUGAGGACCACAACAUUAACAGCUCGGAAAUUGCUGAAGAAAUGGGGCAGUGUCGGCCUCCAGAAGUACUUUCGCACUGAUGAUGACGGCUCAGAGGCCGUUGACAUCUGCGCCAUCCUGUGGUAA